AUGAGUCGCUCCUCUGGAUCAAGCCAUCUGUUGGCACCUGUCGGGAUCACUUCUUCCAGUGGUUCAGGUAAUGUACUACAGCAACAGAGAGGUGAAAAAAAAAUCACAGUCUCUGCAAUCCUGGACGAGCCCCCAGGAAAUAAUCAACAUAAUAAAAAUGAGACUAAUGUAUUGGGAGAAUAUGUGACUCUUUUUUGCAACUGCACAGCUCCAGGAGAUGUUGUGCAAAUUACCUGGAAGAAAAUUCAAGAUUCUUCCCCACAAAAUAUUGGCACUUAUAGUAGUAAAUAUGGAGAAAAGAUUCUUCCACCAUAUGUAGACAGACUGCACUGCAAGAUCCUUGAACCCAAUUCCUCAUUCAUAACUAUCCAGAAAGUGACCUUUGAAGAUGAAGCCUGCUACAAAUGUCUGUUUAAUGUGUUUCCACAUGGCAGCCACGGAGGAGAGAUCUGCCUUAACAUUUUGACUGUAUCCAACUUAACAAAUGAGAACCGAUUCAUCUCUGACUCUGAAGGUUCUCUUGAGCUUAUUUAUUCAGCCGUGGGAAAGCCUGCUCCUCAAAUCUCUCUUUUCCCCUCACAAGUCCUCAUGAACCGACCAAAGGAAUACCUUGAUCAGAGCCAGAAUGGCACAGUAACUGUCACCAAAAUAUACACUGUCUCUUUGGAGACUGUGCGGUUCUUGGGACUCCAACACCUGAUUGUGCACAUGGAUCACCCUCUGAGGAAUGAAGAGAGAAUUGUUCCUCUGUCAGUAAAACAAGAAUGUAAGUAG